AAUAAUUUACAAUAUAAAAAGUAGUGUUUAAACAGUCUAUAUCACACACGUAUAAAAUAAAAUAGUCACGUGUGUAACACAAUAUUUGAACCACGUUUUAGACGUGUUAAAUUUUUUCGAAUUUUUUAAAAUUUUAUAGGAUAUCUAAAAUAACUAUAACGUAUAUGACUAUGAAAAAAAAAAAUUAACUAAAAAAUUAUUUCAGAUACCAAAACAUAGAAAUACACCGAUACAUCCUUGGGUGCAAUUUAGAAUUUUUUCAAUAAUAUUAAUUUCAUUGCAUUAAAUAUAAAACCACUUUUUUAAUACUUGUACAAACAUUUGUCUUAGUUACAUUGGAGAAAAGAUUACAUUCCACAUAUGCAAGACCCAUGAUUGUUUUGGCCACUUUUGUCUUAAAACCAGUGGAUUGAGCUUCACAUCUACAUAAUCAAAAUUUGAGAAAAAAAAAAUCUUUUACAAUCAAAAAAGAAUAAGUUAUCUCAAGAUAAGUUGCUCAUAUAUCAAAAUUACCUUGAGGCCCUCAACAAAACUAAGACAAGUCUUGUGAAACCAAGGGCAAUUAAGGAAUAAAAUCUGAAAAAAGAAAAACAAAUGGCAACUGAUUAUGAUUAACAUGUGUCUUGAUGAAAACAAGUGCCUACCACAGACCUUAGAAUUCAAAGCAAAACCAUCAAACUCUCAUCAAAACAACCUCAACAUAUGUCUCUGAUUCACCAACUAUUUCUCAUUUUUAUUUUCAUUCAAAUAUGCUUAUAAAUAUCUCAAUUAAAUUCAACAACUUCACUAGUUAUAUCUUUUAUAAUACAAAUUAAUGGCAAAGAAUGUAGCUCAAUCUUCACAGGACCAAAGAUUGGCCAUGGCUAAACGAUGUUCUGAUGAAGGUGUCAAAGCAGGAGCUAAGGCAGCUGUUGUGGCUACUAUUGCCACUGCCAUUCCAACUCUUGCUAGUGUGAGAUUUCUGCCUUGGGCAAAAGCCCAUCUGAACCACACAGCUCAAGCUCUUAUUAUCUCCACAGUGGCUGGAGCUGCAUAUUUCAUAGUUGCUGACAAGACUGUUCUGGCCACAGCUAGAAAGAAUUCCUUCAACCAAGCCAAUACUAAUAGAGAAGCUUAAAUAAUUUCAUACCCCAAAUUAUAUAAUUGGUCCUUAAUGUAUUAAUAUUAGUACCAAUAGUACAAUGUAUGUGUGUAUAUAUAAGGGUUUAAAAGAUAAAGAUUAUAGUUUUACCAGUCAAUGCAGCCUUCAAAUUGAACCAUUAUGGCAUUUCAACAUAAAACUUGAAAUUUAUAUUCUUCA